AUGUCUCUCGACCCCCGUAUCCUCCACUACUUCCCUCGCGGCACUUGGGGCCUGAUUGAGCCCCACUUCUCCGACCAUGGCAAGAAGAUUCUCUCGACCGUCAUCACCUUUGUCGAGGACUACUGCAUGCCCGCCGAGAAGGUCUUCCACCAGCAGAUCUCGGACGACCCCAAGCUCCGCUGGGCCACCUACCCGGCUGUCAUGGAGGACCUCAAGGCCAAGGCCCGCGACCUUGGCCUCUGGAACCUGUGGCUGUCUGGCGGCGAGUUCCAGCACCUCGCCAAGGGGUCUGGUGGCGGCCUCUCCAACCUCGAGUACGGCGUUAUCGCUGAGGUUACGGGUUACGCUUCCCGCACUGCCCCCGAGGCGAUGAACUGCUCCGCUCCCGACACGGGUAACAUGGAGGUCAUUGCGCGCUUUGGCUCCGAGGCCCAGAAGCAGAAGUACCUCCUCCCCCUCGUUGCUGGCAAAAUCCGCUCGGCCUUCUCCAUGACCGAGUACGGCGUCGCCUCGUCGGACGCGUCCAACCUCCGCAACACUACUGCCGUUAUGAAGAACGGCAAGCUCGUGCUUAACGGCCACAAGUGGUGGAUCUCGGGCGCCGGCGACCCCCGCUGCUCGGUUCACAUCGUCGUGGCCGUCACCGACCCCGGAAACUCGUCCAAGCACCGCAAGCACACCCUCCUCCUCGUGGACCCCAAGGCCCCCGGUGUCGAGAUUGUCCGCCCCAUGUCCGUCUUCGGCUACGACGAUGCCCCUGAGGGCCACUGCGAGGUCGUCUACAACAACGUCGAGCUUGACCCCACCACCGCCAUUGUUGGUGGUGUCUCGUCCAACCUCGGCCGUGGAUUCGAGAUGCUCCAGGCCCGCCUGGGUCCCGGCCGUAUCCACCACUGCAUGCGUUCGAUCGGUGUUGCCAACCGUGCCCUCGACCUGAUGGAGCUGCGCGUGUCCAACCCCGCCCGCAAGACUUUCGGCAAGCAGCUCAACGAGCACGGCACCGUCCUCGCCGACAUCGCCAAGAGCCGCGCCGAGAUCGAGGCCGCCCGCUUCCUGGUUGUUGCGGCUGCACGUCAGAUCGACCUCCACAAGGCAAAGGGCGCACUCAAGGACAUUGGUAUUGCCAAGUUCUCGGUGCCGGCCGUUACGCUCACCGUUAUCGACCGCGCUAUGCAGGUCCAUGGCGCCGAGGGCAUUUCGCAGGACCAGCCCCUCGCUUCCAUGUACGCACACGCCCGUACCCUCCGUUACGCCGACGGACCCGACGAGGUCCACAUCCAGCAGGUCGCAAAGGUCGAGCUCCGCGACCGCCUGCCGUACAUCCAGGACCGCGCUGCCCGCAUCCACGCCGCCGAGGUCAAGAUGGGCGCAAAGGUCCGCCCGGCCAAGCUCUAA